CCUUAUCUAAGUAGGGUUCUCUUUUGUUUUUCUUUUUCACAAACACAAACAACACAACCUUCCUCUCUAACUCUCGUCCAUUCGCCGUCUUGAAGCAGCCGCCGCAGUCAUGAUCAUCCCUGACAAGAACCGCAAAGCCAUAUCCAAAUACCUCUUCCAAGAGGGAGUGUGUUUUGCAAAGAAGGAUUACAAUUUGGCAAAACAUCCAGAAAUAGAUGUACCAAAUUUGCAGGUGAUAAAGCUGAUGCAAAGCUUCAAAUCAAAGGAAUACGUCAAGGAAACAUUUGCGUGGAUGCAUUACUACUGGUAUCUCACUAACGACGGCAUUGAGUUUUUGAGGACUUACUUGAACCUCCCUUCUGACAUUGUCCCCGCUACUCUCAAGAAGUCUGCCAAGCCUCUUGGCCGCCCCAUGGGCGGCGGUGAUCGCCCUCGUGGCCCACCAAGGGAAGGGGAUAGACCGAGGUUCGGUGAUAGGGAUGGAUACCGUGGUGGACCUAGAGGACCUGCUGGAGAUUUUGGUGGAGACAAAGGUGGCGCUCCAGCUGAUUACCAGCCUGCUUUCAACAGGGGUCCUGGAGGGAGGCCUAGCUUUGGUCGUGGAGGUGGUGGUUAUGGUGGUGCUGCUCCACCAAGCCCAAGCUUUUCUUAAAACGUUUUGUGCUAUGCUGUCCAAUUCGAGUUUUAUGGAUGCUUAAUGAUGUAACUGUUAUAGAACCUGGGAUUGACAAUUUUGUCUAGUUUUGAAUAUCGUAUGUUUUUAAAUGUUAAGAUUAUCUUUGGUGUUGUGUUA